AUGGAGGAGACGGCGCUGGACCCUCUGCUGGCAGAGCCCCCCGAAGACCAAGCCCCCCUCUCCUGGAGCCCGCGCGCCGCGGCGCCCCGGAGCCGAGCCAUGCUGGAGGGCGACAUCGGCCUCGAGGGGCUGAACCCCGAGGAGGACCCUGCACCCCGUGAGUCUCCAGGGCCCCGCGGGAGGCUGCUGAACUCGCUGUCCGUGGACCCCGACGCCAGGUGCAAGUACGGGCUGUACUUCCGCGACGGCAAGCGCAAGGUGGACUACGUGCUGGUCUACCACCACAAGAGGCCCUCGGGCAGCAGGACCCUGGCCAGGAGGGUGCUGCAGAACGACGCCGCGCUGGGCGCCCGCGGCCGCCAGGACCGUCUCCCGUGGCCCCGUGGAGGUCGCCAGCAGCGCCGACAUGACCUGCCUUUGUUCCCCGAGGCCCCCGGGUGCUACGCCAUGCUGCUCCUGAGCAGGCAUUGCAGUGAACAUGGGAGCGUGGAUGUGUCUCCAGGCUCCAGAUCCCACUUCCUUCGGCCAUGUUCCCGGAAGUGGGAUUGCUGGGCCACAGGGCAGCUCUGGUUUUCAUUCUGCGCAGCCCAGGCCCUGACUCGGUCUCUCCUAGCCUCCGUGCCCCCCUCUGUGAAGGGCCCUCCUGGCUCCCCUCUGUUCCGCGAGACCCAGCCGCCUGAGCCACCUGCCAGGAGGGGACUCAGAGCCCUGUCCAGAGGGGCGGGUGAGGUGACGGAUCCUGACAAACUGCCUGGUCCCACGCUGACUGAGAACCCCUUUCCCCUCCAGACUAAGAUCCACGGCGUGGGGUUUGUGAAGAUCCACGCGCCCUGGAACGUGCUGUGCAGAGAGGCGGAGUUUCUGAAGCUGAAGAUGCCGACCAAGAAGCUGUACCACAUCAACGAGCCCCGGGGCCUCCUGAAAAAAAUCAACUCCGUGCUCCAGAAGAUCACAGACCCCAUCCAGCCCCGGGUGGCGGAGCACAGGCCCCAGUCCAUGAAGAGACUCUCCUACCCCUUCUCCAGGGAGAAGCAGCACCUAUUCGACCUGUCUGACAAGGAUUCCUUUUUUGACAGCAAAACCCGGAGCACAAUAGUCUACGAGAUUCUGAAAAGAACAACCUGUGCGAAGGCCAAGUACAGCAUGGGCAUCACGAGCCUGCUGGCCAAUGGCGUUUACUCGGCGGCCUACCCCCUGCACGAUGGAGACUAUGAGGGUGAGAACGUGGAGUUCAACGACAGGAAACUCCUGUACGAAGAGUGGGCGAGCUAUGGCGUCUUCUACAAGUACCAGCCCAUCGACCUGGUCAGGAAGUACUUUGGGGAGAAGAUCGGCCUAUACUUCGCCUGGCUGGGCGUGUACACCCAGAUGCUCAUCCCUGCGUCCGUGGUCGGGGUCAUCGUCUUCCUCUACGGAUGCGCCACCGUCGAUGACAACAUCCCCAGCAUGGAGAUGUGCGACCAGAGACACAACAUCACCAUGUGCCCGCUGUGCGACAAGACCUGCAGCUACUGGAAGAUGAGCUCGGCCUGCGCCACGGCCCGCGCCAGCCACCUGUUCGACAACCCGGCCACUGUCUUCUUCUCCAUCUUCAUGGCCCUCUGGGCCGCCACCUUCAUGGAGCACUGGAAGCGGAAACAGAUGCGGCUCAACUACCGCUGGGACCUCACCGGCUUCGAAGAGGAGGAGGAGGCCGUCAAGGACCACCCCAGGGCCGAGUAUGAAGCUAGAGUUCUGGAGAAGUCACUUAGGAAAGAAUCCAAGAACAAAGAGACCGACAAGGUGAAGCUGACCUGGAGAGACCGGUUCCCAGCCUACUUCACCAACUUGGUGUCCAUCAUCUUCAUGAUCGCGGUGACCUUCGCCAUCGUCCUCGGCGUGAUCAUCUACAGGAUCUCCACCGCCGCCGCCUUGGCCAUGAACUCCUCGCCCUCCGUGCGGUCCAACAUCCGGGUCACGGUCACGGCCACGGCGGUCAUCCUCAACCUGGUGGUCAUCAUCCUGCUGGACGAGGUCUACGGCUGCAUCGCCCGCUGGCUCACGAGGAUCGAGGUCCCGAAGACCGAGAAGAGCUUCGAGGAGAGGCUCAUCUUCAAGGCCUUCCUGCUGAAGUUCGUCAAUUCCUACACCCCCAUCUUCUACGUGGCUUUCUUCAAGGGCCGGUUCGUGGGGCGCCCGGGCGAUUACGUGUACAUCUUCCGGUCGUUCCGCAUGGAAGAGUGCGCCCCGGGGGGCUGCCUGAUGGAGCUCUGCAUCCAGCUCAGCAUCAUCAUGCUGGGCAAGCAGCUCAUCCAGAACAACCUCUUCGAGAUCGGCAUCCCGAAGAUGAAGAAGUUCAUCCGCUACCUGCGGCUGAAGCGCCAGAGCCCCGCCGACCAGAGCGAGCACCUGAAGAGGAAGCAGCGGUACGAGGCGGACUUCACGCUGGAGCCCUUCGCGGGCCUCACCCCGGAGUACAUGGAGAUGAUCAUCCAGUUUGGCUUCGUCACCUUGUUUGUGGCGUCCUUCCCCCUGGCCCCCCUGUUCGCGUUGCUGAAUAACAUCAUCGAGAUCCGCCUAGAUGCCAAGAAGUUUGUCACGGAGCUGCGCAGGCCGGUGGCCGUCAGAGCCAAAGACAUCGGAAUCUGGUACAACAUUCUCAGAGGCGUCGGGAAGCUUGCCGUCAUCAUCAACGCGUUUGUGAUCUCCUUCACGUCCGACUUCAUCCCCCGCCUGGUGUACCUCUACAUGUACAGCAAGAACGGGACCAUGCACGGCUUCGUCAACCAUACCCUCUCCUCCUUCAACGUCAGCGACUUCCAGGAUGGCACAGCCCCCAACGACCCCCUGGACCUGGGCUACGAGGUGCACAUCUGCAGGUACAAAGACUACCGGGAGCCCCCGUGGUCGGAACACAAGUACGACAUCUCCAAGGACUUCUGGGCCGUCCUGGCGGCGCGGCUGGCCUUCGUCAUUGUCUUCCAGAACCUGGUCAUGUUCAUGAGCGACUUCGUGGACUGGGUCAUCCCGGACAUCCCCAAGGACAUCAGCCAGCAGGUCCACAAGCAGAAGGUGCUCAUGGUCGAGCUGUUCAUGCGGGAGGAGCAGGGAAAGCAGCAGCUGCUGGACACGUGGAUGGAGAGGGCCCCGAGGAAGGACGCGCCCUGCAACAACCACAGCCCCGGAGCCGGCCAGGACGGCCCCGAGUACCGCGGGGGGGCCCUGUAGCGCCCCGCCACCUCUCCGGGCAGCGGCGCCCCACCCCCACCAGGUCCGGUGGCUCCUGCGUUUGCGGCAAACCUUGACGGCCACCUUCUGAUAGGACAACAUUUUUUUUAAUCUUUUUUCUGUUUGUUUUUUUUCUUCCCCUUGUUUUUGCACAAAACCAUUACGCAGGGAAUUUUUUUAUCUUUUCUAUUCAAGGUUAAUCAGUGAUUGCUGGGCUGGGGCAAUCGCGCAGCUGGGGCCUGCGCUUUGCAGCCGCGGGUCUGGCCCCGGCGUCUCCUCUGGGGCGGCGGGGAGCAGAGGGGUCCCCGACACACCUUCCUCAAUCCUUCUGGUGCCCUGACAGGUGCUGAUGGCCUGCCAGGCACCGGGCACCUGCUGGUGCCGCGUGGAAAGAGACCAGAGACUUGGUCGAGGAGAGAGCCGUUUGAGGCCCGGCCCCCGAGACCGCCCGCCUCUAGGUCGGGAGAGCGGGCCAGUGUUCGCCGCUUGCCCGUGGUUCCGAGUCGGGCGCUCUGGCCAGGACAGGUGGCCGGCCCGUGGGUCAGCAGGCGUGGGAGCGGCCGGCUUA